CUAGACCAUGUAAAGUGUACAAAUUUCGAUUGCUGUAAAAAACGAAAAUUCAGUGAGAUGAUUCGUCAGGACAUCAGGAAUUCCACUACGUUACUACGUCGUCGCAGUCCAAUGCGUAAUCAAGGUUAUUCAGAUAACAAUUCAUUGGGGAGUUGUGAAACAGUUCACGAAGAUGAGCGCAAGUUCGGUAAAUGCUUGUUCUGUGGAAAAUUUCACCCAUGAUGUUAGUGUAUCAGAUGUUGGAUAUUCUCACGAAGAAUGCAUGUUGAGUAGAAUCUCUGGUUCGUGGUAUGAUAGAUCAGAGAGAACAGCAAGUUUUCCAGAAGCAAUCAGAGAACCAUUUUAUUCAGAUAUUAAGUUUACACAGACAAGAAAUUCUAAUCGAAUGGAAGAUUGUCUUAAUGAGUAUGAGACAGAAGCAUACCUUCCAUUUGAUUGUUUUGCAGGUGAAUCGAGCCCAGAUGAAUCACAUGUGUUAAUUACACGUAUCAAUGCAUAAUUACCUAUGUAUUCUAAUGUGAAUAACAAAGGUAUUUAUAGAAGGGGUUUUGUGGAAAUUUAGUA